UCCCUCCCCGCAGCGUCGCCCACGGCCUCCGGCCGCCAGGUGUCGCUGCGGCAUCUGCCUUCUCCUCCUCCGCCCCUGGGCGGCGCUCUCUCCCGGCGCUCGCUCCGCUUCCUGGAGCUUCCCCGGCGCCGCCGUCCGUCUUGCCCGCCCCGCUCCUCCCUCUCGCUCUCCCGGCCCUCCUCGCCCCUCAGAAGCGGCGGCGGCGACGACAGCGCCGGGCCAUGGCCGAGUGGAGCCCCGCCCAGGCUCUUCAGUGGGAGGUGGAGCCCCAGCCCAUGGCUGCUGCCCAGCCCCUCAGCGCCCCCGAGCAGACGCCCAUGGGGGACGUGCUCCCCGAAGCGGCUGAGCUCUCCCUGACGGUCGUGGCUGAAAUCCAAGCGGUAGAGAGCAAAGUGGACUCUUACGCAGCGCAGCUCAUGAGCCUGGAGGGGAGGAUGGGGAUGGCUGAGACGAAGCUGGACGGCUGCGAAAAGACCGCCGUCGAAUUUGGGAACCAGCUGGAGAGCAAGUGGGCUGCCCUGGGGACCCUCAUUCAAGAGUACGGGCAGCUCCAGAGGAGGCUGGAGAACAUGGAGAACCUGCUCAAGAACCGCAACUUCUGGAUCCUCCGCCUGCCCCCAGGGUCCAGGGGGGAAGCCCCCAAGGUCCCUUUGCUGUUUGACGAAGCCUCCUGCAGUUUCUCCGAGCAAGAGUGGCGCAGCUUGGAUGAAGGGCAGAAGGACCUCUACCGGCACAUCAUGAAAUGCAACUACAAGGCCGUGGUCUCUAUGGACACUGCCAUCUCCAAACCUGAGCUGCUCUCUCGGAUCGAGCAAGCAGAUGUCGCUGGUCGGGGGGACGUUGAGGAAAGAGAAGCCCUGAAGGAGACCACCCUGGGCUCUCCGAUUUCUGCCCUCAACGACAGCUCCUGGAUGGAGCCGGAGGAAAUGUCCCUGGUCAAAAGCAUGGGCGACUUGGAGGAGAGCGAAAUCCCCGGGGAUCCCGCCAUGAGUACUCCGCAGCUCCUGGAAGAAGACCCCGAAAGCUUGGAGCUCCCCGGCAUGUUCCCCCGGAAGUGGACGGAAGUCUUCCAGGGCCCGGGCGAGGAACUGCUCUGCGAGAGCCACCCCAUUUCGGUGGCGCCUGCAAGGAAGCCCCCGGGGAGCAGCCUGAGGCGGUCGUCCCGCUGCGUGGCUGAGUCGAGGAAAGAGGACCCCUCCUCUGCGCUGAUGGAGGAGGCCCACACUGGGCCCUACAUCUGCUGCGAGUGUGGGGAGGGCUUCCUGGACAAGCAGCUCUUCUCCACUCACCAGAAGACCCACGACGGAGGAGGGAGCUAUCCGGCGAUGGACCCCGGAGGAGGAGGAGGAGGGGGCCUGAAGCUGAAGGCGAGCCCCUUACCUCUCCAGAGGGCCCCGACGCCGGCGCGCCCCAAGCCCCCGAAACGCCCCGAGCCCCAGAGGAGCCCUGCCCUCAAGCCUGGCACCGGGAAGCGCCCCGGGAACCACAUGGUGGAGCGUCCUUACACUUGCACGCAGUGCAAGGAGAGCUUCAAGCUGGAGGUGAGCCUUCUUCUCCACCAGAAGCUGCACACAGGGAAGGGCGACGGGCCGCUGACGUGCACCUAUUGCGGCAAGGACUUCCGGGACCUCUCCAAGGCCGUCCGGCACCAGCGCAUCCACACGGGCGAGAGGCCCUACCAGUGCACCGAGUGCGGGAAGAGCUUCAUCCGCCGGGACCACCUCCUCAAGCACUGGCGCGUCCACACCGGGGAGACGCCCUACCAGUGCGCCACCUGCGGGAAGAACUUCCGCUACAAGGAGUCCCUGAACUGCCACCAGAAAAUCCACACCCGCAACCCUGCGGCGCACCACCUGGGGCUGGGGGCACAGGCCGGCCUGGUGGCCUUGAAGCAAGAGCAAUUCCGGGGCUUCCCUCCUUCCUCCCUUCUUUCCGGCGGCUUCUCCGGACGGAUCCAGCCCACCUGCCCGCUUGCGAUGGCCGCUGAAUGGGAUCCUUCUGCGCAGGGCUUGGAGUGGGGCAGGGGACCCCUGCAGCCCACCCCGGUGCACCCUUGCUUCCUCCCCAAGCGGAGCUGCGGCGAUGCUGCCGGCCGCCCGGCCGCUGAGAUCUCCCUCUGGACGGUGGUGGCCGCCAUGCAAGCGGUGGAGAGGAAAGUGGACGUCCAUGCCGGGCGGCUGCUGGCGCUGGAGCGGAGGGCGGGUCUGGCCGAGAAGAAGCUUUCCGGGACGGAGAAAGCCAUGGCGGAAUUCAGCCACCACCUGGACGCGCUGGGGACCCUCAUCCAGGAAUACGGGCAGCUCCAGAGGAGGCUGGAGAACAUGGAGAACCUGCUCAAGAACCGAAACUUCUGGAUCCUUCGCCUGCCCCCAGGAUCAAGGGGGGAAACCCCCAAGGUGCCGGUGACCUUCGACGAGGUCUCUGUUUGCUUCUCGGAGGACGAGUGGGGGAACCUGGACGAAGACCAGAGAGAGCUCUACAAGAACGUCAUGAAGGGGAACUACGAAUCUCUGGUCUCACUGGAUUACGCCAUUGCCAAGCCUGACCUGCUGACCCGGAUCGAACGUGGGCAGGAGCAGGCAGCUGAGGACGAAGAGGCUCCUAGGAGCAUUGGCCCAGAAUUCCCCGCACCCAGAAAUGACACUGUCUCUCUUGUCCAGCGGGAAAUUGUUCCUUCGAUAGUGGGCGAGUGGGAUUCGGGAGAAAGCGGGGCGCCCCCGGAUGAAAGCCCAGAUGCCACCCUCUUUGCCCAGGUGCCCGCCAGGCCAGAGGUGAGGCCUGGGGACCUGGCGCAGUACAGCGCAUUGCCAGAGGCCUUGGACCAGGCUGUCUUCCACUUCCCCGAGGAGGGCCUGGCGUGCGUGGAUGGGCAGACUUCCGGUGGCAGCCUGGAGGAGCCAGCAGCGUGCGGGAGCGACUUUGCGGACUUCACCACCAUCAUCGUGCCCGAGGGGGCCCUCCCCGGCGAGGCCCCGUACGUCUGCGCCGACUGCGGGAAGAGCUUCCUGUACGAGGAGCAGCGCGCCCUACACCAGCGGACGCACCCUCGAGCCUCCCCUGAAGGGAGCCCCGCCUCGAGCCUGCGGCCGGGGGGCGAGGCGUACCCCUGCCCCGAGUGCGGGCGCUGCUUCCCUCACCAGGCGAGCCUCAGCAAACACCGGCUGUGGCACUCGGGCGAGCAGCCCCACACGUGUUCCGAGUGCAACAAAAGCUUCCGUCUGAAGAUCAAUCUCCGUCUGCACCAGCGGAGCCACGCGGCGGCCGCGGCGGGCCUGGCGGCGAAGGCAGGCUCCUACAUCUGCGGCGAGUGCGGGCGUAGCUUCAACCACCACUCCAACUUCCUGCGCCACCAGAUGAUCCACACGGGCGAGCGGCCGUACGCCUGCGGUGAGUGUGGGAAAACCUUCAUCCGCAAGGAGCACCUCGCCACCCACGGGCGGCUGCACACCGGCGAGCGGCCGUACCAGUGCCCGCUCUGCCAGAAGAGCUUCACCCGCAAGCAGCACCUCGUCGGACACCAGCGGCUCCACGAAGGCGGAGAUCCCUGGCUGGACAGCCAUUCGGGACAGAGGCCUCUCCGGAGCCAGUGGGGCCGGGCGAAGACACGGGCGGAGGCCGGCGGUGCCCCCCGCCUCAGGCAGGAGCGGUUCCCCCCUUAAACACUCGCUUUGGGCACUGCCAGGGCACCCAGUGCCGGGACUUUGUGGGAUGCAGGCUGGGGAAGCCGUUGUGGACUGAACCGUUGUGGUUGCCAGAAGUGGAGACGGAAAACGAAGGCUGCGGCUCGGAGAGG